UCUUAAGUUGCGGAUAAGACGUUGGGAUUAUCCUUCUGAGGUAUGCCCACACAGCCCAAGGUCAAGUUGGCACCUUUUAAUCCGCCUUAAUUAGAUUCUUUGUUGGGCUAUAAAAGCAUUUUGACGACACUUCCCAUAGGCCAUAGGUGAAACAAGUCAAGGGCCAGCAUGUUAAGCUCCAAAGCUAACUAAAUAUUGGAGCGGAUCAAGCAAAAUGCACCUCAACGGCCCAAGUGGGCCACAGGCCUAUGUGAACGAUAGCUCUAGUGAUGGAGGAGUCUUCCCCAUGGGGCAUGGAUAUCCGGUGGAGUACCAACACAUGGUGCACUCUCAUUGGCGGGGAUUCCGAGAGGCUCCCAUCUAUUAUCACGCCGGAUUUUACAUAGCUUAUUUCGUCCUGAUGCUAUCAAGUAUUUUCGGAAAUGGAUUGGUCAUCUGGAUUUUUUCUACAUCGAAAUCUCUGCGAACUCCCUCUAACCUCUUGAUUCUUAACCUGGCUGUUUUUGAUCUGUUCAUGUGCACCAAUAUGCCCCAUUACCUUCUCAACGCAGCUGUUGGCUAUAUAGUUGGUGGAGACCUGGGCUGCGAUAUAUACGCUUUGAACGGAGGCAUCUCCGGAAUGGGAGCUUCCAUAACGAAUGCCUUCAUUGCAUUUGAUCGGUACAAGACAAUAUCAAACCCUAUUGACGGACGAUUGAGUUAUGGACAAAUUGUAUUGCUUAUAAUAUUAACCUGGUUGUGGGCCACGCCAUUUUCGGUGCUGCCAUUGUUUCAGAUCUGGGGACGUUAUCAACCGGAGGGCUAUCUGACCACCUGCUCGUUUGACUACCUUACCAACACCGAUGAUAACAAGCUGUUUGUGCGUACGAUCUUCGUGUGGUCCUACGUGAUUCCAAUGAGCAUGAUCCUGGUAUCUUACUAUAAACUCUUUACCCAUGUACGAGUUCAUGAGAAAAUGUUGGCGGAACAGGCAAAAAAAAUGAAUGUCAAAUCCUUGUCCGCUAAUGCUAAUGCGGAUAGCAUGAGUGUAGAGCUACGGAUUGCCAAGGCAGCCCUAAUCAUUUACAUGCUGUUUAUCCUGGCCUGGACACCUUACUCUGUGGUGGCGCUAAUCGGAUGCUUUGGAGAACAACAGCUUAUAACCCCCUUCGUCUCGAUGCUACCGUGUUUGGCCUGCAAGUCGGUGUCGUGUCUGGAUCCCUGGGUAUAUGCCACUAGCCAUCCCAAGUAUCGUCUAGAGUUGGAGCGCCGUCUCCCGUGGUUGGGCAUCCGCGAGAAACAGGCCACAUCUGGGACUUCUGGCGGUCAGGAGAGUGUUGCUAGUGUUAGCGGAGAUACAUUGGCUCUCAGUGUGCAAAACUAAAAGGACAGCUAUCGACUUAAAGAUGUGAAAUCAAGCUUAAAAUUGGAUUUAGUUGAUUAGUUGUAAGGCGCAAUGAACUGAAAGAGUUCCAAAAAUACAAACCAAAAAAAAGUUGGCAUUGAAAAAUAA